AUGCGGUGCUCUGAGGUUGCUCAUGGCAAUGUUGCAGGCUUGCUGAGAAAGCAUGGCUAUGCUGAAAUCAAGAAGGUGGGUGAGGGAUCGUUUGGGAAGGCACUCCUCGUGCGCUCGGAGGAUGGGCAGAAGUUAAUCUGCAAAAUGGUGGAUGUGAGCAAAGCUUCGCGAAAAGAAAUGGAGGAUGCUGUCAAGGAGGGCAAGUUGCUGUCCGAACUGAAGCAUCCAUACAUCGUCCGCUACCGCGAAAGCUUCACAGAGAGUGGAUGGCUGUGCAUCCUCAUGGACUACUGCGAGGGAGGUGAUCUCACAGCUCGCAUCGCAGAGGCCAAACGAGGCAGAAAACCUCUCUCUGAGGACCAAAUACUGCGCUGGUUUGUGCAGGCCAUCAUGGCUUUAGACUACAUUCACAAGAAGCACGUUCUGCAUCGAGACUUGAAGCCGUCGAAUUUCUUUUUGUCGAAGAGCGGGAACUUAAAGAUGGGGGACUUUGGAAUUGCAAAAGUUCUUGCCUGCACGAUCGCUGUCGCAAAGACACAGAUCGGAACGCCAUACUACCUGAGCCCUGAACUAUGUCAGGAAAAGGAAUACAACUUUCCUUCGGACAUUUGGGCAAUGGGAUGCAUUUUGUAUGAGCUUUGUGCACGCAAAGUACCUUUCGAUGCGCCCAAUAUUCCAGGCCUUGUUCGGGAGAUUGUGCGGGGAACAAUCCCCAGCGUGCCCGCUUCUUACUCGCCGUUUGUCAGGGAGCUCGUGAGCCAGAUGCUGAACAGGAACCCAGAGCGGCGGCCAAGUCCAGAGGAGAUCUUGGCGAAGCCACGGCUGCGGGAGAUAAUGCAGCUCAUGCUCGAUGAAGCACAAGAGGCUGCCCAGGCGGCUGAUGAUCCUGCUGCGGUAGAGCCACAUCCAGAGCCAGCUUCCUCUAACAGUGCGGGCUGGUCGCAAGCUGGAAGUCCUUACAGGACCAACGACAUGGUCGAGUACUACUCCGUGUCUCAUGGAGAUUGGUUGCCUGCUACGGUCCUGCGGAUCGAUGGGGAGGGUCGCAUCAUCAUCGACUUGAAGCCCAACACCUGGCUCUCCAAGGAGGACCAAGCAACGAAAGUCCGACGCCGACGCGAUGGUCCCGGAUCGAGGGGCGGCUCACCUAUGAGGACUCCUUCUGUAGCCGGACCUGACAAAAACGGCCUCCGUGGCCAGGGCGGCGCAUUCCCGUCUCCACAAAUGGGGCGGAGCCCUUCUUCAGGAGCCGUUGGACUAAGGCCAGGCAGCCGACCGGGUUCGCGAGGAGCGUCGCCUCUGCAUCGCAGGAGCCCGGCUUUGGCUGCCGGUGCAAUCGCAGGAAUUGGGAGCCGCCCAGGAUCCGGACUUGGCAGUCGCCCUGGGUCGCGAGCUGCUUCGCCCUCACACCGAGCGCCGAGUCCUCGUCAUGGCGAUGCUUUCCGGAAGGGUGACCUCGUAGACUAUUGGUCAAUCUCGCAUGGAGAGUGGCUCCCGGCAACAGUGGUCAACGCAGAUUUCGACGGCCGUAUUGUGAUCGACUUGAAACCGAAUACAUGGCUCACAAAGGAGGACCAAGCUUCAAAAGUGCGUCGAAGGACGGUGCCCGGAGCUCCAGGUGCGCCAGAAGGCUCACAAAUCCGGCGUAGUCCAUCCGCCGACUUUGCAGCACCACUACGAGCAGCAUCUCCUAGGUGUGUGCCUUCUCCCGGUCGUGCCAUGUCGCCGCAUCGUGCACCUUCUCCAUCAUGGCGUGGCUUCGGUGAGCCAGCAAUCCGGGCACCGAGUCCUCGGAGGCGUGAGCCAACACCGAGAAGAUCAGUGCCAGGAAUGCCACCUGCAGGAGGGCCUCAGCCUCACCUUGGUGACAGUCCUCUCCUCCGUGCAGGUGGGAAGAAUAUUGCGGGCGGAUACUUGCCGCCUUGA